CAGUCGAACCGUGUUCCCGAUCCAGUCUGGGCCCAUUGCGAUCGGAGCUAGUUACGUGUGAACGUUGCCCGAAGAAAGUCGUUUUUUGUAGCGCGUCGCUCUGUCGUGGACUUGGAGAUUGCAACCAGCAACGUUGUGCGGGUUAUUUGUGUUUGUGUGUGUGCAUGUGUUUCCUUGUGCAAAAAUAAAAAAAAAGUUUUCUCGCAGGUUGCAGCAGAAGUCAAAGGUGGUAAGCACGAGUAUUUUCUCAACGCUGCCAAGUUGUCUACCACUCGUUAGGAUUGUGAUUGGUUCAUGCAAAAAGUGUUCUUGUUUUCGGUGAAGCUCAAAUCAAUCCAAACCAGUGACGGGGCAAACCUGGAAGGAAAAUCGCGCAAAGCUGCACAAGUGAGAGAAGUUAGAAAAAAAAUACAUCCCUACCGACGAUACAGAGAAGAAGAGGGUGUUUUGAUCUUGAUCAAACGGAGCGCUCUCGAUUUAUUGAUUUUUCUCGGCCAUAGCUAGCGCUAGAGGAGACGCAACGGUGUGUACACGCACGGGAAAUAAUUGCGGAAAGUUGAUGUCUGGUGCGUCAUUUGGAAAGCAAGCUGUGUUGAGUGUGGUCACCGGGUUUCCGUGAACGAACCGCGGCCACGGGUGACUAGCAGCAAUCAAUCAAUGGUGUGUUGUUGUUGGGUGGGAAAUUGAGAGUGAAAUUUUCACCAGCCCGGAAAAAGGGUUGGUCCCGUAGUGAAGUGCGGAGUGGCUGAAAGAGUUUCUGUGUAGUGUAUUAGGAUCUCCGUAGCCGGAAAGUGGAAAUCUCGGAGGAAAAAGAGUAAAUUAUAACAAUGAAAUAAAUAACGGAACGGUGCAACGGAAGCGACAACAGCAGGAAUCUCAAUUAACGUAGCCGAACGAAAAGGGAAACGAAAUUAGCAUGUGGAUACCUACGAGCAAUAAAUUUGGAGUUGCUAUCCACAACUGGCACGGGAAUGUUACGCACGGGCUCGCCCUGGACGUUGGCGAUUUCGUCGAGAUACUCGAAGAAACAACCCACUGGUUCAGGGGCACAUGCCCGCGCAAGCCCCGCAAGGUGGGUCUCUUCCCCAAAACGUACAUCCAUCUGAAGGAUUUAGCCCGGUUGGACCCGGUCGUGGCCGAGUGUACGCUGGUGCUCCGCGAAUGGGCCGAAAUAUGGAAGAAACUGUUUGUGGAGCGGGAAGAAUACAAAUUUACCUCGCUGCGGAAGGUGAUGCUGGCGCUGCUGGAGAGUCGACGGGAGCUGCUGAGCGCCACUCUCACCCAGGACCAGACGUAUGAUCUGCAAAUGAAAGUGAUCUCUAAAAUUGACUGGGGGAAUCGAAAACUUUGCCUAGAUCUGGUGCCCAGAUUGGGAACGUUGGCGGUUGAUCCGCACAAGAUCGGGAUCGUGUCGCUGCACCAAGUACACGUCAACAGUGCCGAAAAUGCCAAAGCCGCCUCGAACCGUGGCACCCUGCGACGGAAGGCCGGCAAGAAGGUACUCACCCACCAUCUGUACUUCUGCCUGCGCGACUUCGGCCACCGAAUAGGGGAUGACGCGGAGAUAUACUUCUACCUGUACGAUGGAAACGCGAACCGAAUGCGGGCGCUGUCGGAGCGGUUCCUGGUGCGAAUCGCCAAAGAUGGGUUCUCCACGUUCCUAGAAUCGGCCCACAAUUGCACCGUGUUCACCGACUUGGGGUCGUCCGAUCUGAACCAGGAUCUGUACCUGAUCGCCAAUGUGAUGCGAAUCGGGAAAAUGCUGCACUCCGAGUCGGUUAAAAAGGGCGAUAAGUUCAUAAGCAAUCAUUCUUACCGUAGACCGUACGGGGUUGGGGUCCUGCCACUGAGCGAGAUCGGCCAGUUCGAUCAAACGGUCGAAUCGGAGGAAAAGGAGUUCAGUUUCAAGAUCUUCCAGUGUGAGGAGAAAGACUAUCAUCAGUUGCAUGAGUUGAUCAUCAAAAAGGCUAGCGGCAAGUUCCAACCAAUCAACGCUAGCACCCAGGGUCACUAUGGGUUGGUUGUGUCCCUGAAGCUGAUACACGGAGGACUCGGACAGGCUAAAAUCGAACAGCCAGUUCUGUUUCAGGGUACGGCAAUCACGAAGAAGAUCGGGUUUCCCGAUGUCAUAAUGCCUGGUGAUGUGAGGAAUGAUCUCUUUCUAACACUCGAACGGGGUGAGUUUGAACGGGUUGGCAUCAGUACCGCCAAAAACAUCGAAAUCACUACUCUGGUGUUGGAUGAAAACGGUAGAAUCGUUCAGGAGUGUAUCGCCAUAGCGGCUGGGAACCCCCUCCAAGCCUACCACAAAUCUAUGGUACUGUAUCACAAUAACUCCCCAGCAUGGAACGAAACUAUCCGCAUGUUCGUCCCGAUCGACAAGUUUAGUAAAGCACAUGUGCGCUUUGAGUUUCGCAGCUGUUCUACCCGGGACAAAUCCGAUCCGAAGCUAUUCGGGUUCAGUUUUGCACGACUAAUGGAACCGGGAGGAGCUACAAUCGCUGACGCCUCGCACGAACUGUACGUCUACAAGUGUGAAGACAUCCUCAAAGUGCAACCAAAUAUAUACCUACGACUCCCGUGUUCCACCAACGACAAACACGCUCAAUCGCUCGAAUCGAACUCACCCUACCAUCGAAGCUCCAAAGAAGCAUUCUUCGUGAAAACAAUCCUCUGCUCGACGAAGCUAACCCAAAACAGUGAUCUCCUGUCGCUGCUCCAGUGGCGCAACCAUCCGAAACGCAUCAAAGAAUCGCUCCAGCGAGUGCUGAGAUUGCACAACGAGGAGUUGAUUAAAUUCCUGCAGGAUGUCCUGGAUGCUCUGUUCGCCAUGUUCUCCACCGACAACGGGAACAGCACCGAACACUCCGGUCUAGUGUUUCACGUGCUCGUGUCCAUCUUCAGCCUGAUGCAGAGCAGCAAGUUCCAGCACUUCAAACCCGUUAUGGAUGCCUACAUCAAGGAUCACUUCGCAGCGCCACUGGUCUACAAUGGUUUGCUGUCCUCCGUCGAACACCUAGCGGAAUGGAUGAUGACCGCCGAAAAGAUCGAACCCAUCAUCCAGUAUUUCAGCUCGUUGGAGUUCAUCUUCAAGUUGGUCAUCCAGAGUCGUAAGUUGUUCGCUCACGCCUCUGGUGGUCAGUACGAGGACAAAUUCAAACGGGAUGUGUUCCGGCUGUUCGGCUCACUGAACAAUAUCCUCGUGCCAAACAACUCUCAUAUGCUGCCCACCCAGGAAGCACUGCUCAACUCGAUCGGAGUCGUGUUCGAGCAGUUGCAAACCAUCAUCACCAAGACCGAGCUCGAGACGCUCGUCAAGGGCAUCCUGGAUGCGGUCCCAACUGAUGCCCAACCACCGCUCGUUCAGGCGAAGCUUAAAUCCAUUAAAGAUAUGGUAUCGGGACAGCUCUUUCAGGACGACGAACUCCGCUCGAUGAUACUGAACAUCGCCUGUAAACAUAUCCAAAUUCAUCUGGCCAGACGGGACGAAUUGAGGCUGUGUUCGGAGAUCUUAGCGGAAAUCCUGAUCAAACUGCAUGAGGCUAAGGCGAAGAUGGGCGAGAAACCAUCGAAUGCUGUCCACCAUGAUUUGGAUACGUUGUUUCACAAUAUUUUCCCCGUCAUGAUGCAAACUCUCAAUGUGUUGGGAAGUGGUGGUAAUGAAUCUCUGGUGUGUUCACUGUUCGCUGUUAUGUUGGGGUUGCUGCAGCUGCUGGAUGAAUCACACUACCAGCGAAUGUGGGACCGUCUCAGUAACUCCGGCAACAGCAAGGAACUGAAGGAGUUCAUCCAGCAGUGUCUGAACAUUUUCAAGGAUAUUUUGGAACAAGAUUGGAUGAUUUUCUCCAAGGAUUGGCUGGUGAUGAAGAUUUCGGCAAACGAGGUACUGCGCAAGACGUUGGAGGAAUUGGCGAAACCGCUGGUCUACCGGUUCCUGGGACCACAGUCCUUUGAUUCGCAACUGUGGUGGUCCUACUUCAGUGUGGCGGUGAUUUUCCUUACCCAACCAUCGCUCCAGAUCGAACAGUAUCACGAGACGAAGAGGCGAAAGAUUUUAAGUACCCACGGGGACAUGCGGGUAGCGAUGGGCUUCCAGAUUUUGAGCAUGUGGGCCCAGCUGGGCGAGCACAAGUUGCACUUCAUUCCGUCAAUGGUUGGUCCGUUCCUGGAGGUCACGCUGGUGCCGGAGCCGGCGCUUCGCAAGGCCACGUUCACUGUGUUCUAUGAUAUGAUGCAGUGCGAGCAGGUAUCUCGUGGUUCUUUCCGGCUGGUGGAAAGCGAACUGAUCGAUAAACUGGAUUUACUGAUCAGCGAAAACAAAGGUGACGAUGAAUACCGUGAAUUGUUCAGUACUAUGGAACAGUUGUGUUUAGCUCUGUUGGAGCGCGUCCAGGCGGAGAAUCCUUCAUGGCGGGAAUUUGGCACUGCGUUCAUUUCAUCCGUCACGAGACUGCUGGAACGCCUGCUGGACUAUCGUAGCGUGAUGCAGGGCGAUGAGAACCGGGACAAGCGAAUGACCUGCACAGUUAAUCUGCUGAACUUCUACAACGAUGAAAUCAACCGAAAGGAGAUGUAUGUCAGAUAUAUCUAUAAAUUGUUGGACCUUCAUUUGGGUGCGGAAAACUACAUCGAGGCGGGAUUGACGCUGAAACUGUUCGCAGACAUGCUCUCCUGGGACAGCGAGAACGUUUCGGACGAAUCCAACGGGCCACGGGAGUGGGAACAAAAGGAGAAGAUAUACAAGAAUAUAAUCAAUUAUUUCGACAAGGGCAAAUGCUGGGAGAAGGGGAUACCGCUGUGCAAAGAGCUGGCCAUGUUUUACGAGAGGAAGCGCUUCGACUACAACCGGCUUAGUGAUGUACUGAUUCAGGAGGCUAAGUUUUUCCAGAAUAUCUUGACGCAGCUUCGGCCAGAACCGGAGUAUUUCCGCGUUGGUUAUUACGGUACUGGGUUUCCCUCCUUCGUUAGGAACAAACAAUUCAUCUACCGUGGCCUAGAGUAUGAACGCAUUGGCGCCUUCAUCCAGCGGCUACAGAUUGAGUUUCCUGUGGCCCAAAUACUGGACAAGAAACACUACCCGCCGGACAGUUCGAUCCUCAACUCACCGGAGCAACGCUUCCACGUGGUCAACGUGCGGCCCAUCUCCGACCCGAGCCAUCUCAAAAGUGCCAAAGUUACCGUUCCGGAGAAGAUCUCCAAAUAUUACGAGGUUAAUGAUGUUACCAAAUUCCAAUACGAUCGGCCCAUCCACAAGGGAGUUGUCGACAAGGAGAACGAGUUCAAAUCGCUCUGGAUCGAGAGGACCAUUUAUGAUAUAGCGCAACCGUUGCCAGGUAUCCUGCGGUGGUUCGAAGUCACGAAUGCGUCCGUGCACGAGUUAACGCCGGUGGAAUUCGCCUGCGAAACGGUUGCAAAUGUCAACAAGGAACUGUCGGACCUGAUCGUACAGUACCGGUUAGAGCCGAAACGUAAUCUCAAUCCAUUCACGAUGCGCCUGCAGGGUUCGGUAGACGCCAACGUCAACGGUGGAUUCAACAAGUAUCAGGAUGCUUUCUUCUCGGAGCGUUUCACGAAAUCUCCCGAGGCGAGAGAUCAAAGUUUGCAUGUGCAGCGUCUGAAACGCUUGAUCUUCGAACAGAUGCAAAUUCUGCGACAGGCUCUGGAGUUGCAUCGCAGCUUGGCGCCGGAGGAAGUGCUACCGCUGCAUAAUCGACUUUCCGAAGCAUUCCUUGAGCUGGAAAAGAGCACCGCCGAGUGGAAAACUAACAUCAACAUUCCAACCAAGCCACUGCCACCGCUCCCGAUCGCCAAUGUCCACCAGUAUCAAUCGCCCGUGCAAAAUGCGGCGGGUCAUCAACAACAGAACAACUAUUUCCCGGAAGACCACGAUGAGACGUAUACGUAUUUGAACAGGAAGACACUUUCCUUGUCGGGAAUUGUCCCAAUGACAGCCAUGACUUCGUCGCCUCUUCCAGCCCCACAGGUUCCUCCCAGGGAGUCGUUGACAUCGUCUCCCUCAGCUCCACCGCUUCCACCGCGUGGUCACACUCCGGACAAGAGAAAUUCCAACCCAAUGCCUUUCACGGAAUUUGUGGAACAACAACAGCACGGCUCGGCACCAGCCAGGCCAAGAUCGAAGAAGUAUUCCCUGUACGAGAUUUCACUGAACGAGAGCAUGAACAGUUAUAGCUACGGGAGCCCACGAAGUUCCAGCGAACUGAAAGGACACUACGAUAUUGGAAACUUUAACAGGGACUCUGGCAUUUCGACAAGUUCGCAAGAAUUGAACAAUCUGAACAGCGGGGCGACUCAUCAGAUGGUUCAGAAUUCGAGUCACCAUCAUCACCACUACCACCAGCCGAUGCCGGUUACGGGUGCACCAACAGAGGAGUAUAACAUUGCUUUGAAUGGAAACGGUGCGACCACUCCUCGGGGUCAUCAAAAGACAAACUCGAACCCGGAAGGGUACAACAUAGCCGGCAUUCAGGAAAUGAAGAUGAACUCCAUCAACAACUCGCUGAGCAAGCUGGCAAUGACGAAUGGGGGAGGUUCCUCACAGCCCCAGCCACCGCCACCUCCGAUUCCACCCAAGUCCGCAUCGCUGCAGCAUCAGCAUUCCUUCUCGGGAACGAGUCACGUCCCGUCACAGCACCAUCACCAUCACCACCAGCGGAACCAAUCGCUGAACCUAAGCCAAAACUCGUCCUCCGAUGGGGACGCAAUCAGUCUGAAUGAUAUCAGCCCAGCGCCUCCACCGUUCAACGACAACUUUAGCGAUUCGUUCAGCGAUGAGUGCGAGAGCAACAUGAUGAACGUGACAGCGAUUGCCGCCGCCGCUGGUGGCCACGAAUCGUCUGCUUAUUGCGUGCCAAAGAUUCAACAACAACCACAACAAUCCGCAACCAAUAGUCUGGGUAGGAGAUCUCUGAACGGAGACGAUCUGGUGGAGGUGCGAAACACGACGAUGGUUCCGCUGAGGCAUGACGAUGGGGAAGAGGAAAUCUUCUAUUGAAAAAAACAAAUUGGGACGUUUGUGCAAUCCUCUCUCUCGCUCUCCGAAUCUCGCUCGGCGAAUACCGAUCAACUUUUCUCCAAUCAAAUUUAGCAGUUAAUUCAACAAAGCUCUAAACUAAUUGUAGAUAAGUCGCGAUAAGCGGCGCGCUCGAGUCUGGGGUGAGUAUCUCUUGAGUGUGUGUGCGUGUGUUUUUAAAAUUGUUUUGAGUUUGGACCUUUGGAGGCUGGGUACAAAACAAUAGUGUGGCGGUCAAUACUCAAACGAUUCUCAACAUGUGCGAAAGCAAAUUAUACCAACGAUAUAUUAUCAGGUUUUUCUCGCUCUUCAUCGUUCCGGAAGAAAAUUAGAAUACUGUAUUUAUUGUCGGUGGAGAGCGGAUCAGACACACACGGAAGGUGGAAACUAUUUUAUAUUUAUCCAGGUAGAGUUUCGUCGAUGUUUAAGUUAUACACACAUUGAACGUUUGAAACAAAUCUCUAUACACGCAUGCGAGCAAAAAGUGUAUUAGUUGUAAGUCAAAAAUAAUUGAGAGCUGUGACUACCAAUAUACUCACACUCAUACACACAACAUACACACACAUACUGGUAUCUAUACAAACAAAUAUAUGUAUUAGCUGAAAAUGAUUGAUAAAUGUAAGAGAUUAGCGAACGCAAAAGUUUACGAUCGAUUUCAACCCAAUUUACAUUACAGAAAAAAAAACUAUAUUACCUUUCGAAUGCGAACUUUUUCAAAUUUUGUGCUUGUUACACACACACACUAUCUUAUGCCGCGGUUAGUUCGCUUCUCAAUUCUACCCGGUUAAAGUUCAAUAUCUUAAUAAAAGAACAUUAGAAGAAGAAAAAAAGACAAAAAACAAUAUUCCCGUUGCAUGAGGAUCAAGCUGAGUCGCAACCGUGACCACGGUGGGAUGGACAAAGAGUGUUUUUUAAAAGGAGGAAUUAAACUGUUUUCCGGAAGCGAAGAUGUUCAUACGAUGAUACUAGUCAAGCGGCUUUCUCUAGUCCCAACAAAAGAAUUGUGCACGCGGGUAGUCGUGAGGAAAUUUGUGUGUUGUGUAAUUGAUUUGGAAAACACUCUCGACUCGAUAUGAGAGAGAGGAAGAGAGCACACCUCGAUUAUCGGUUGAUCGGUGAUAAAUUUAUGCAUGGGAAGGUCAUGAUACCUGCCGUUAGGUGAAAACACGGUGAAUAAACUAUUAAGCAACACAGUUUUAUAUGGAA